AUGAACAAGUUUCUGGUUUUCGCAAGUGUGCUCGUGUGCGCCUCAGCAGACAUUGGACUUAAGCUUAGGGAGGGCAGCCCGACAGGAAGUUACUUGCCUGGAGUACAAUCUGGAUCUAAUUCGUAUGGAGCGUACAGCAAUGGGCCACAGCAGCAUUACGCUCCAGGUGGAUACGCAGGCAGCUACGGAGUAGGUCCACAAGGAUACGGAGGACAAGUCUCGUACAAUACUUUCGGAGGUGCCCCACAAUACUCUGUCCAACAGAACUUUGCCGGAAUCCCACAAGCCGUCCAACACCACAGGUCCUUCUUCUUCGAUGCUCCAGAGGAUUUGGGUGAAACCCACGUCCGCGUCCACGUUCAACCGUCCGCCGCCGCCGGAGACAAGACCAUCUACAUCAGGGCCCAGCCUACAACUCAAAGAUCGUCCCACACUUCAACAUCGCUCAACAAGGAGCAACAAGACAUCGUCGUCCCAGCCGCCGUCCAAGGACCAGCCGCCAAACCAGAAGUCGUCUUCGUCAAGUACAGCAACCAGAAGGAGGCCGAGCAGAAGAUCCAGGACAUCCAAGAAGGUGCUUCCAGCGGAGACAGCGCCAAGACCGUCUUCAACCACCGCGAAUUGGUCAGCUCCAUCAAGGACGAGCCAGCUCACCAGCAUCAACACGGCAUCUCGUUCGGAGGUCCAGGCGCUUUCAUCGGUGGUUCUGCUGGUCCAAGUCACUCCUCUGGAGAAUCCGUCGGAAACGUUUCCGGUGGUGAACCGCACUACGGCCCAGCCGGAGAAAGUGGCCCAUACUAA